GUCGGACGGGUUUUCUUUGGGGUUUCUUUUCUUAUUAGUCAACGCCAUAUAACGACACGAGAACUGCCCCCAAAAUUUCUGGAAGCCUUCCCGCCUUGACGCUGAACAACCCGAUAAGCCGACCGACCUUCUUCGCUCUUCUUCAUCAUCUCCCUCCCCGGACCCUCAACCUCGACAAGAUGCACGCCACCACGAUAUUAGUUUCGUUUCUGGGUGCCUCCACCGUCACCGCUGCUCCGAUAUGGCCAAAGGUUAACUGGGACGCCGCUAAGACUGACGGUUACGAUACCGUCUCCGAGUACUUCAACAUGUUGGCGCAGAAGGUCGCAGUAGGAAAACUCCUAUCGAUAGCGCCGGUUUGUGAUCUCUCCAAGGCAAAGAUGCCCGCGGCUCCCGAGCCGCUGACGCCUCCCUCCCCUGGCCUCACUUUGUCCCAUGUAGCCAUUGGCCGCGGUACGCAGAACUACACGUGCGAUACCGCCAACCCGACAGCCGCCCCCGUUCUAGCGGGUGCCGUAGCGACGCUCUUCAACGCCAGCUGCGUUGCCUCGACAUACCCCGACCUGCUGAAUAUGCUGCCGAAGCUGGCGAUGCAGUUCAACCUCACCACACGGGAAGGCUCGCCGAUGGGGCCAACGAACUUGAUCGUCUCGGGCACCCACUUCUUCACCAACAACACGACGCCAUUCUUCAACCUCGACACGGAGCAGUACAAGAUCGGUGAGGCAGGCUGUGCCAAGGACAGCCAGACCCCGGCGCCGUCCGACGCGCCCGUGGGCCAGCUGGGCGAGCCGGCCGUUCCCUGGCUCCGCCUCAAGACCCGCGAGGGCGCCACCGGCAACCUUCAAGAGGUCUACCGCCUCGAGACGGUGGGUGGCAGUGCGCCCGCGACGUGCGAGGGCAUGCCGGCCACGUUCGAGAGGCAAUAUGCCGCGCAAUACUGGUUCUGGCGUAGCCAAUAGGUUCACCUGCUUCUACCAU